CACCAAAAGUUGUUUGCCAACCGCCAAAAAAGCCCUGAAGAGAGAAAGAGAAGGAUUUGACCUUCUAGUGAGUGUUUCCUGUUAGAGUGAACUGGCCGGCAGCAUGUUGUUAGCGGAGAGUCUGUUCUCACGCUGUGUUCGCCGUGUGUUCGCCCUCCGAUCACACAUCUCGGGGCUCCACACACACACUCCUCAGCUCAACUCCAACAGGACGUCAAUAGUUCGUUAUAGUCGUCAGAAGUAUGAGAGGCAGUACCCGGUUCUGCUGGUCCGACCUGAUGGAUCCACCAUCACCAUCAGAUACAAAGAACCCAGACGCAUCCUCAUGAUGCCGGUGGAUCAGUCCACUCUGUCUGACGAGCAGCGGCGAGCUCGACAGAAAAAGAGAGAAGUGAAGAAGACGCAAAAAGAGACCAUAGUCGACUAUGAAGAUGACUUCAAAGCUGAUAAAUACAGCCAUUUGUGGAAGAAGAAAUGACAUAUUUACCUGUGAAAGUAUCUGUAAAGAUCGGACUCUCUCUUCAAGCUUCUUUUUCAACAUUUAAUGCAAAAACUGCAAUUCCUUCCAUAAAACCUAACAUUUUGGGACACUGAGACCAUCCUGUAUGUCAGGAUGAAGACCAGGUGGAUCUCUGCUGCUUAAUGGUGAUUCUGUUGCUUUCAUUACAUUGUCAAUAACCUGCAGUUUUAAGAUGGAAUUGUUAAUAAAUUGAUCUAAUGCUUUA